ACUGACCCCAUCCCGCGACUAGCCGCUGAAAGUCCCCAGCGAAGUGCCGCAGCCAAGCCCUCACCCCCGGUGGAGUGCACAUGCCCCCAGUAUUCUUAAUGCCAGCAAGCAGACGGCAGCAGUGAGACUCAACAGACUUCGAACCCGUACCGUAUCUUCUGAUUCUGCAAAAGCAUACUCGAGCGAGUAACCUCUCACUUCUUAUUUCUUUCUUUCUCUUCCUCUCUUUCUCUUCUGGCCCUUCGUCCGCCCGUCCGUCUGUCCGCCACACUACACAUCGAAAUACAGGCGACAUGGAGAACUAUGAACACCACAACAUCGAUGUCGCCACAAUGGAUCGUGAAGAGCUUCAGCAGUAACAAGAGCCUACCUCCGCCUAUGUCGCAAGGAGAUGAUCCUCCUUCUGAGCUUGCGAUCUCUUCCAGUGUACGGCGACGCCCAUCAACUCGCCUUCCGCCUAGCCGUCCACGACCUCUCGCAUCGCACCGACCUCAAUGCCGCGCCUAGAAUCCAUACACCGCCGCCGACCAAUGAUUCCUUCCUCUCAACUACCAACUUCCCACCCUCCAGCGACACCCUCGCUUCCUCAGCCCCAUCUAGCGAGUCCUUACUGGACCCAACCUAUCAGCUCGACACCCUCUCGGAAACAUCUCUCCUAUCUCACCACCUACCCACACUUCCCCCAGAGCUAUGGGCGGACAUCUUCGAGAUCGUAGCAGACUGGGAGCUCGCUACCGCCCUCGGCGUUCACUCCAACCUGCGCCCAACAGCCGACUGGACACGCUGCGCUUCCUCCUUGGACCAGGCGCUCCUCUCCGGCUCGGUCUCGCACGUCACCAAUCACAUCAUGCGCCACCCAGCUUCAAAGCUCACUAAAUUCGGCGCCAAGGCGAUGAUCCGCUUCAGCUACACCCACCUGCUUACCUUCCUGCGCACCACUCGGGCAAGUGAGUUCACCGCCAUCUUCUCCGAGCCCUCCUGUCAAAUUCCCGUUCUCGCCAGCCGCUUCGGACAAACCAAGGUUUUAAGCUGGUGGCUCGACGCCUCCGACGCCGCCUCACCCAAUGCUCUCCCGCGCGAUUACGACGAGGAGCCGUUGGACGAAGCCUCACGCAAGGGUCACAUCCACGUCCUCCAGUGGUGGAAGACAUCCAAGCUGUCUCUCCGGUACGGGCUGGUAAUGGACGUGGCCUCGGCGUCUGGCCAGCUGCCCGUGCUGGAAUGGUGGAAGAACUCGGGACUGCCCCUGGAAUACGACCGCCACGCCCUCCGCUCCGCCAGCUAUCGCGGCGAGGUUGAGGUCCUCGAGUGGUGGAAGCGCUCCGGUCUGCGUCUCAUCUACGACAAGGAGGUCCUCGUCGAAGCUACGAAAUUCAACCGCGUCGAAGUCUUGGAAUGGUGGAAGCGCUCGGGACUGACCGUGCAGUACCUACUCAUCGAGAUCGAGGCGGCGCUGGAAGACGCCAUCGGCGGCGGGAAGGAGGCGAUGGCUUGGUGGGCUGCGCAGGGGAUCCGCUUCGAUGUUACCGUCCGCGAGUGGAUGGAGUAUAAAGUGUUGUGAUGAUCAUCGAUGGAUGGAAUGAGAAGGGAUUUUCGUAAACUUUUUCUUUGCUUUUGUGCUUUUGGCUUUGGGAUCGAGGUCGAGGUCGGAUCAAAUGGUGUUGGGUGUUGGGGAGUUUAUAACUUUUCUUCUGCUUCUUGAUGAUUACUUUUUUUCUUUGCUCCUACUUCUUUCUCCUUUUCUUUCUUUGGCACGGCACAGCGA